AUUUCGGUUCACUAGUAUUCACCGACCACCACUGUGAGUCCACCACCCACCGCCGGAGCGGCAGCAGAAAAGAUGAUGAGGGACGUGUCGAGCUGCAACACGUACGAUUACGGAGACGCCCAAUACUGGGACGCCCGCUACGUCCAAGAAGGUGACUCCUUAUUCGACUGGUGCCAGCGCUACUCUGCUCUCCGCCCUUUCAUCCGCAACUUCAUUCCCCUCACCUCCUCUCCUGUUCUCGUCGUCGGCUCCGGCAAUGCCGUUAUGUCGGAGGACAUGGCGAAAGAUGGAUAUGAAGACAUAAUGAACAUUGACAUCUCAUCAGUGGCUAUCAACCUCAUGAAGACCAGAAACAAGCACAUUCCUCAGUUGAAAGACAAGCAAAUGGAUGUGAGGGAUAUGAGCUUCUUCCCAGAUGAAUCCUUUGACGGUAUUAUUGAUAAAGUAUAAGCAGCAGAAAAGAUGGGCCGAUGGGUCACAAAGAGCUUCUAAAGUUGUUGCUUAAUAUGGCUUGAAGGAACCACCUUAUAAACUUGAUGCUUUGGAACCGUAUAUGAGUCAGAGGACAUUGGAGGUUCAUUGGGGAGGCCAUCAUCGUAACUUCUUGGAAGGUUUGAACAAACAGCUAGAGAAGAGUGACAUACUGUAUGGCUACACUUUUGAUGAACUUGUCAAAGCAACAUAUUAUAAUGGGAAUCCCUUAACUGAAUUUAACAACACUGCCCGGGUAUCAACUUAGAUUGUUAGCUUAUUCAACCAUAUAUUACUCGUCAAUGAUAGGAAACAUUCAGCGAUGUAGAGGAACAUUUUAGAAUAAAAUAUAAUCAUGUAGCCAGGAGACUAUCUUGGAAUGGCAGAAAUGGUAGACGUAUAAGUAGAGCAAGAGUGGAGCUGGGUGAUACGUUGAUGGAGAAGAAUCUACUACAAAGUAGGACUGUAAACUGAGCACGCUAGAUCCUGGCUUUAACUUAUUCAAACUUUUUAUUUCUUUGGUUGAUUAUCCUAAAGGUUUUCAUGGUGUUUCAUACUGGUUAAAUGUUGGAAAUUUCAAACUUCAAUCGCUACCAAAGAUACGUUGACACCUUUUGCAUUUGUUUGGAAGUUCAUAGUUGUUUCCAUCCAAGUUGGGGACUGUGGGAUCUUGCCGGUCUGGAAUCAUGACAUCUUCUAGGAAUCCAUGCAACCUGGAGGAUUGGACAUGCCCAAACUAGGUGUAAUUGAGCAGAUUGAAAAGGAUUUUGGUUCCUAUACAAGUUUCAGAGAGAAGUUAUAUAGAAGCAGCACUAAAUUUGCUUGGCUGGUUUGUAAGGUAAGUUCUUUCUUAAUUCAAUUUCUGCAUCUGAGUUAAUGUGGUUGGAAUUCUUAAGGAAUGAAAAACCCUCCUUAAUGGUGUCAUCUCUAGGAUGUAUAGCCGUUAGGAUGUAUGUUUUAGCUGCUCUUUGUUUUUCUGUUCCCUCUUUGCUGAGGUUGUUGCUUUGUUAGCUUGUUAGCUUUUUUAGCUACUGUUACUUGUUGCUUGUCUGGUUUUGUUUAAAGCCAGGUUUCUUCUAUAUAAUCAUUCAUUUACAAAAAAAAUGAAAAACCCUCAUUUGGAGCUUUCUUUGAACGCGUCUUGUUAUCCGUCAUUCUGUUGAAGGGCAAUGAUAAGCAAUAAUCUAUAUCAUUAUUCUUGCAAUAGAAGUGCAAGAACCUACAGCGUAUAUCCAUGUCAUAGAUCUUGAAAUUUAGAUAGAUAACAAUUAUGAUAAAGUUAUCAUGUAGUCAUGACUAAUUAUUAUGCACUCGUGCUCGACAUUGUUCCAGAAGAUCGCGACCCACCAAGUGUAUUAUUGUUACCAAGUGUCUGUACAAACCAGCUAAGGACAUCAUCUUGUGGCCUUGUUUUGCGAAUAAACUCCAGUUAUUACUAAUUAUUUUCCUUGGUUUCAUUUUUGCCAGUAAAGAGAGAAGAGAGACAACUCAAGAUAGUUAGAACUUCAAAUGCCAUUUGCCCACUUGUCUGGGAUGACAUAGUAAGUAAAGCCGAUGUUUCUGAAUACUGGUUUCUUACUUUUUCAAUUAUUUUAGAAGUUGCAUUGGUUGUCUUCUCUUAUUGUGCAGCUGAUAAUUUGUUUGGAUAUGUAGGAGGCGUGUUAAUGACCUCUCUCUCUCUCUAUCUGUAUCUGCUUCUAUAUAUACUUCUCUUCUUCUCCCUUUGUGGAGAUGAAGAUGAAAUUUUUCUUCAGUAUGCUGAUAAUGUCUUUACUUGCUUUCUUACAGUAUGCUUAUUAUCUGGAUUACAAGGUCUAGUUGUGUGAUGAACAUUGGACUGGGGCUUCUAUAUGGCCUGAGCUUGCAGAGUCGUUCAAAGUAUGAAAUCUUGAGUCCCUUUUUCCUUGCAAUGUCAGCGCGAACCCAGAGCGGACUAUUUCCAU